AUGGAGAAAUGGAUUCCACCGUUCAAUACCGUCUGCAUGAAACUAAACGGAUCGUUUCCAUUUCCAGGCCGUGAAAAAAUGGAAGCAGUCGCUGAACACGAUUUCCUGGCCGGAUCAAACGAUGAGUUGUCUUUCAAGCGAGGCGACGUUCUGAAGGUGCUGAACAAAGACGAAGACCCCCACUGGUACAAAGCAGAACUCGAUGGCAACGAGGGAUUCAUUCCAUCCAACUACAUCCGGAUGACAGACUGCAACUGGUACCUUGGGGAGAUCACUCGGAAAGACGCCGAAGUCUUGCUCAAAAAACCAAAUAUUCGUGAUGGUCACUUCUUGGUUCGUCAGUGUGAAAAUAGUCCCGGAGAGUUCUCGAUCAGUGUCAGAUUCCAAGAUUCCGUUCACCAUUUCAAAGUAGUACGUGAUCAGAAUGGAAAAUACUACCUGUGUUCGAUCAAAUUCAACUCGUUGAACGAACUUGGCUGUCUCUCUUUGGAGAACUCAUAUGGUUCUUCUGGUGAACAUGAGCGUCGAGACGAGAAGUAA